UCUCUGCAUCGCAGUUUCUCUCUCCUGUUUUAUUUCUCUCUCCUGAUUUACAGAGGACGCAUGUUGUUUUCAUAUUUAUAAUUUUUCUUUUUGCAUUAAAAUCCCCAUGUAGAGAUUUUCAUAGGGACAUGAUAUUAUUUUGAAAUGGUUUUCUUUUUAUCGUUUUGGAGUUUCUGAGGGUGCUGAGGACUGAGGCGAGAGAGUAUGAGGGAGAAUUUUUAGGGUGUUUUCUUCAUUCUCUCCUCGCUCCUCUCUGUCUCACUCUCUCUCUCUCUCUCGCGGAUAAAAGCCUUCCUGCUGGGUUCUUCUCUCUGUCUGUCUCUCUCUCUUCUCUCAAGGGAGAAUCCUUCUUCUUUUGCUCAUCUCUCUCUCUUUGUCUCUGAUACGCCUGCGGCCUCUCUUUCUUUCUCUCUAUCUCUCUCUCUCUGUGUAACGGAGAGGUGGGUUGCGGGCGACUCGAUGAAUGCGGAGAGGAAAUGAAGCAGGGAGAGGAGGAGUUGGAGGAGGUCGUUGUGUCGAGCUCGGAGCCAUCAUCUCGCCGACCGCAGACGGCUAAGAGGGUCACGCCCACCACCUAUCUCUUCCUCCCUACUACGACCACCUCUACCAUCGCGCGCGAGCCUCGCAUCGUCGAAAGGAUCCUGCCGAACGGCGACAUCUACUCGGGGGAGUUCGCCGGAAACGUGCCUCACGGCGUCGGCAAGUACCUCUGGUCCGACGGGUGCAUGUACGAGGGGGAGUGGCGUGACGGAAAGACCUCCGGCAAGGGGAAGUUCUCGUGGCCCUCCGGUGCCACCUACGAGGGCGAGUUCAAGGCCGGGUUCAUGGACGGGUCAGGUACCUUCACCGGCGCCGGUGGCGACACCUACAGGGGAAUGUGGUCGGAUAAUCAGAAGAGCGGCUUCGGCCGGAAGACUUACGCGAAUGGAGAUAUCUACGAGGGUUAUUGGAAGAGGAAUUUACAGGAGGGUAAGGGGCGGUACGUCUGGAAGGACGGAAACGAGUAUGACGGAGAAUGGCGCUGCGGCUUUAUCUGCGGGAAGGGGGUCCUUGUCUGGAAGGACGGGAGCCGGUACGAGGGGCAGUGGGAGAAUGGUAUUCCGGCAGGCGAGGGGGUGUUUAAGUGGUCGGACGGAAGCUUCUAUCCGGCAACAUUGCGACGCCGGAGUUCGAAAACUGGACUCAAGGAAUGUUGGAGCCUUGAAGGGGGAGGGCUUAGAGGAGGAGCUGGAGGAGGGGGGAUGGUCACGAGGAAGAGGUCGUCGGCAGACGGGAGGUUUAGCCGAAACUUUGAUCGGAUUUGUAUAUGGGAGUCGGACGGCGAAGGGGGCGAUAUCACCUGCGAUAUCGUCGAUGGGAGCUCGGUCUUUUGGAAAGAGGCUUUCUACGGAGGAGGUGGUCUUGGGUACCUUAGAAGGUGCACACCUGGUAGAUUCUCCGGCGAGGCGAAGAAACAGGGUCAUGCCAUACUGAAGGGACAUAAGAAUUACGACUUGAUGCUGAACCUACAACUAGGAAUAAGGUAUGCGGUUGGGAAGACCUCGGCGUCAUCCAUGCAGGAGCUAAAGCCGGCUGAUUUUGAUCCAAAGGAGAGAGUCUGGACCAGAUUUCCACCAGAAGGGUCAAAGACUACUCCUCCGCAUCAAUCUGUAGACUUCAGAUGGAAAGAUUACUGCCCAGCUGUUUUUAGACACCUGCGUCACCUAUUCAAGAUUGACCCUGGUGAAUACAUGAUGUCUAUUUGUGGGAGUGAUGCUCUUAGGGAGCUGUCCUCUCCUGGUAAAAGUGGUAGUUUCUUCUACCUCACACAUGACGACCGCUUCAUGAUAAAGACUGUGAAGAAAUCAGAAGUGAAGGUUCUGCUUCGGAUGCUUCCCAGUUAUUAUUAUCACAUUCGUGAGUAUGAGAACUCACUCGUUACAAGAUUUUAUGGUGUUCACUGUGUGAAGCCUGUUGGUGGUCCAAAAGUGCGGUUCAUUAUAAUGGGCAAUCUGUUCUGCUCUGAGCAUCGAAUACACCGGCGGUUUGAUCUCAAGGGUUCUUCGUAUGGUCGUUCUACGGACAAGCCCGAGGGAGAGAUUGACGAGACGACCACCCUCAAGGACCUUGAUCUUAAUUUUGUAUUCCGCCUUGAGAGAUCUUGGUUCCAGGAUCUGCUUAGGCAAAUUGACAGAGACUGCCAAUUCUUGGAGGCAGAACGGAUCAUGGACUACAGUCUGUUGGUUGGUGUUCACUUUUGCGAUCCAUUCACGUCCAGGACUGCUUAUAGCUCACCUUGCAAAGGAGAAACAUGCCCAGCUGGGUUUUACCAGGAUAAAGGUCGCAAUAUGGCUUCUUGCAAGCCAUUGGUUCGUCUUGGUGCCAAUAUGCCUGCUAGAGUGGAGCAAGUGGUUAGGAGAAGUGAUUUUGAUUACAUACAGUUAAAUGGUGGUGGAUCGCCAGCAGGCGAAGUCUAUGAUGUGAUCCUCUAUUUUGGGAUAAUUGACAUACUUCAAGACUACGAUAUCACCAAGAAAUUAGAACAUGCCUACAAAUCUUUCCAGGUUGAUCCAAUCUCGAUAUCUGCUGUGGACCCAAAACUAUACUCUAAGAGAUUCAGGGAUUUCAUUAACAGAAUUUUCAUGGAGGAUUGCUGAUCAGGAUCAUGGCAUUGUUUUGGCAACAGUGGGCCACAAACUGGGAGGUGAAGGCCAGAGUGCACUUGUGGAUUAGAUGGCCCAGGGAAGGAGUCAGAUUGGUCAUGCUCUUCCUUUCAGCUGCAGGGCAGCAGGAAGCUGCUCCGUUAGCUUAAGUUGUGGAAUGGCAAUUUUUGUGAAUGAGAAAGCAAAUCCGACCUGGGCGCUCCUGGUAGCCGCUUAACGAUGAUACAGAGGCUGAAUUUUGGACCCUCAGCCGUGGUGAAACGUUCGCAGAAUUUGUACAUGUAGAUGGUGGGAUUGGGGAUUAAUUUGUCCUCUUUUUUUCUUUUUUCCUUCUGUCUUGGUACCCAAUUCGAGGUUUUGGGUGCAAAUUCAAAUAAUUGUACAGAGAGAGAGAGAGAGAGAGAGAGAGAGAGAGAGAGAGAGAGUACAGUAAGAUUGACAGGAAUUCAAAGUUGGUAAAAAAAGAAAGAAAAGAAAAGAUGCAGAGGUAUCUCUCUGGUUUAAUCUUGAUUUA